GUUUAGUUGGUGUGAAAGACAGCAGCUGAUAGAGAGCCAUAAAGAGAUGGGUGGUUCGGGAAGCCAACCUGUCCAGGAACUGACAACAAAACUAACACCCAGACAGAACACUACUGUAAGUGGUGCAUGGCCGAAGAUUUCAUUUGCUGUGGCAUGUCACUUCCUUACUUCACCUCCAUUCGAGGUGGGCUGCAGCCAUCCCAGGUCAUCGGUGUGUCAGGCACUGUGCUGCCCAAUGCUACAAGGUUCUAUAUCAGCCUGUGUGCUAGGGAUAACAUUGCCUUUCUAAUGAGCCCUCAAUUCAAUGAAAAAAUUGUGGUGCGAAACACUCGGAUCAUGGGAUCCUGGGGGAAAGAGGAGCGAAGCCUGCCUACUGACAUGCCCUUCAUCCCUGGACAGAGCUUCAAGGUGGAGAUCAUAUGUGAAACCCAUUGCUACAGGGUGACUGUGGAUGCCAACACUUGCUGGACUAUGCCCACCACCUGAAAGACCUGUCAACCAUCAAUUACCUGGAAAUAACUGGUGACAUCCAGCUUACAGAUGUGCAGGUCUAGGAGGGCUGAGAGGUCCACUAAAGGGCUAUGAAUAUGGCUGGCUGUGUCUCCUCCCCAUCCACUUCCUUUCUCAGUCCCAGAUUCUGAGCCCUGCUAUCCAAGCAGAUGGUGACCCAAGGUGUGACAGAGCUGAGCCCCCAGGCCCAUUCCUCUUGGCAGUGAGGGAGGACUUGAGUCUUCCAUGCACCCAGCACAGGCCAGUUCUGCACAAGACUCUCAAACACCUUUCUCUGUGCAACCCCACGCUGGUCCCAAGCCACAGCUGUGCACAGAGAGACAUGGCAACAUCCACAGCCGUCAAUUCCUGUGAGCUUUUAAGCUUUUAAUUUCUCUUCUUGGCUUUGCACCCUGAUGCACCUUUGCUCACUGUGAUGACGCGCUGCUGGCUUCCACCAACUGAGCAGAACUUCCUCAGUGCUGUGCACUUCCCUUUCCUGGCCUCUUUAAAAUAAAGAAAAGGAAAUGCUGUUGUUACUGGCACACACGUGUGGGAUAACUGACUUAGUACUGUGUUGAGAGACAUUUUUAAGUCUCUGGAUUUUGGGGUCUCUCUGAUGGAAGUAGGGUGAGACAGUGCAGGUUCCCUUUGAGAAGGACAGCCC